CUGGCCGUUUGCGAAUCUUUCCGGUUUAAAUCUCCGGAGCGGGUGAGAAGGAGCUCCCGUGGUGUGUUGCCAUGGUUUUUUAUUUCACGUCCAACGGUAAGAGCGGCCUGGCCUCAAGCUCACGGCUCUUCUCAGAUAUAAUUGUUCCUUCUGUUUAUACAAUUUAUAUGGGAAAAGACAAGUAUGAAAAUGAAGAUCUAAUAAAAUAUGGUUGGCUGGAAGAUAUUUGGUUUCAUGUGGACAAGCUCUCCUCAGCACAUGUCUACCUCCGGCUACAUAAGGGGCAAACAGUGGAUGAUAUUCCUAAGGAGGUUUUGAUAGAUUGUGCACAGCUUGUGAAGGCCAACAGCAUUCAAGGCUGCAAAAUGAAUAAUGUCAAUAUAGUAUAUACCCCAUGGGCCAACCUAAAGAAAACGGCAGACAUGGAUGUGGGCCAGAUUGGUUUUCAUAGACAAAAGGAUGUGAAGAUAGUGACAGUGGAGAAGAAGAUAAACGAGAUUUUGAACCGAUUGGAAAAGACCAAAGUGGAACGAUUCCCAGACCUGGCUGCAGAGAAAGAAGCCCGUGAUAGGGAGGAGAGGAAUGAGAAGAAGGCCCAGAUCCAAGAGAUAAAACGGAAGGAAAAGGAAGAAAUGAAAAAGAAAAAGGAACUGGAAGAUCUUAGGAGUUACUCUUCCUUAAUGAAAGCAGAGAAUAUGACUUCUAACCAGGAUGGCAAUGACUCUGAUGACUUCAUGUAAAUCUAGGCACCCUCCUUGUGGAAGAUGAAGAUGAAUUUUGACAUCUUAGCCUUUUGCUCUGGAUGCCAAAAAUAAGCAAAUGAAAUUGGGAGCCUCUUUACUUGUUUUAUUGUGAGCAGCGAGUAUCUGUUCGUUUUCCUGGGCAGAUCAUUCCAGUUAAAGUUCUGAAACCAUCAGUUGUGACUCCAGAGCUAUUAGGAUGUCUUACUUCCUGGAGAGGCUGGAUUUUGGGGUGUCUAUAUUUCCAGGAUAGGUUGAGGAGAAGGCUACAUUCAAGAGGCUUUGAGCCAGAAAAUCAGUUUCUGCCUUAAAUUUUCCUGGGGAGCAGAUCUGGAAUGUUUUGCCAUUAUCUUUUGAAUAUGCGUCAUUGAGCUCAGAAAUAUUUUUAUCUCACAGUAUUAGAGUUUGAUUUUUUUUUUUUAAUUUUUAGUUUCCUUGGUUGCUUGGGUACCUGGUUGCACCAAUUACAAUUUGAUACCUCUCAUCCCUUAGAAAUCUGAAUCCAGAACAGCUGUCUUUCUAUGCUUAUUAUACUUGGCUAGAAUCCAAAACAUCUUUCACCCAACAAUCAGCAUUGCUUUGCAUUUGUAGCACGCUGCAAAACCCGGUGCUGUCUUUCAAGGAAAGAAGUAUGCACUGUUGGGCUACUUUUGUUAUGUUUGGGCUCCUUGUGAUCCUGAUGCAGAACUUUAUGUGGGUUUUUUUUUUUUUUUUUUUGUCCGCCCAGAGUUUGCAUUGGAAUAGUAGAGGAGCCAGGAAAGCUGCCACUGUUGAUUCUCCAUUUAAGAGGGCAUUCAGAAGGUCUACUUCUUAGGUUCUCUUCUGACCAGCAGCAUAUAAUAUUUCUUUGCAGUGAAUGUCAACCUUUUCCCCCCAUAAAAAGCGAAAACUAAAAAAACAACAAAAGGUGGUAAACUGCUUUCCCAAUGUAGCAACUUAGUUUGGCAUUACCCACAUUUUUCUUGCUUAUGGAUUUUGUCUGUUGUCACCGGGGCAUCUUCUGAGAUGUAUAGCUAUUGCAUAUGAAGUCAGGAUCCCUAGAUAUGAAAACUGUUUGCUUAGCCUCAAUAGGGGAAAAUAUAAGGUGAACUUCUUUAUCUGAACAAGUGCCUCAGUAUAAAAAAAAAUUAUGAGGGAAAAUGGCUACAAUCUCUAUAGAGUCCACAAUCUCUAAACUAGAGAGCUUCUGACAGGAUGUUGGAGAAAAAAACAAUUAGGUUUGUUGAGUUACCAUCUUUUACUGUAUUUGUUUGUUUUCUGCAGUGUUAUCACUGAACAUGCAGAAAAAGUUAAAGGCUGGCCUUGACUUCUCAAAGGCUCAAAUUCCCGCUGCGGUCCCUGAUGCAAUUUUUUAAAAGCUCUUAAAUAAUCCUAGAAAAUGCCUUCAAAGUAGUUCAAGGUUCAGCAUUAAAAUUCUGUCACUUUAAUAGUUACAGAUGCUCACUAGGAACCUCCAAAAAUAAUAAUUUAAAAAAAAACUACACUGAAAUUUGGAUCUGCAUGCUUGCGUAGGAUACCAUGCCUUCCUGAAAUCUGCUACAAUAGUUUUUCCAACACACUUUGAAGCAGAAUUUUUUAUCAUGCAGGAAGAGAAAUCUAGUAAUGCAUCAUUGGAUCUUGAAACUUACUUCCAAGAUGUAUUGGGUCUGCAGAUGAGGUUUCAGCAUCUCGUUAAAAAAAGAUACGCACUAUGUGUUUACACUAAAAAAAAAUCCCCAGAAGAUAAAUUAAUUUAUGAGAAGGGUAAUACGGCAUACACUAAACAUAAUACUUUUAUUGGCAACUUUGUCUUACUACAAAUUACUCAGAACAAAGAGUAUUUUUUUCCACAAAGAAACAAAAACAUGUAUUUAAUCAUUGAUUUCACAGAAUGUAACUGAUCUUCAGCAGUUUGAAAUUGCUGAAUAUUACAUUUUCAGUAAUAACUUGGCAGACUUCCAUUGCAAAUAUAGUUUGUUUCCUUCUGAGACUUUACACAAAAUUUGGCUCAACAUUGCUGUUCUCCUUCUCUUAUAAAAUCAUUCAUUUUUAAAGAGUUGCAAAUAGCAUAAUCUCGUUGAUUAAUAUUAGCCUAGAUAGUUGACAAAUGUUUAUAUAUAAAAAAGCAAGCUAAAUAGUUGGCUAUAGUUCCUAACACAGCAUCAUACCCAGUUUGUUGUAUUGUCUCAGGUGGUCUGGCUGUUUAAUACUAUUUUUGGAAGGUAAGACCUAGGGUAAAGAGUCCAGGAAGUUCAGUAUUUUUAAAAGGUGGUUUCUUUAGGCUUCUAACCAUUUGGGCUUUAUAAGAGUGAUAAUCUUUUACUGUGUUCAUUGUACACUGUGACAUGCUUGUAAAAUGACUACUUUGAUUCUGGAGACUAAUAUGAUCAGGAUUUCAAUGCAAUCUGGGACCUUUUCCUUUCUUUUUGCUUUGAAACAAGGGUUUCCUUCCUUGUUCUCAUUGACUUUGGGAAAGUGAGAGCAUCAACAAAGUGGGAGAAAUUAAUACUUUAAACUUCAGGAAAUAUCAACUUUUCUGCAACAAAUAAUUUUAAAGAGGUGACUCAAAGCAUUCUUCUGAAUAAUAUGACACGUUUAACCAAUUAGAGGAUGUGUAUUUUUUUUUGUUUUUAAUGUACUAUGUUGUUGGUUUUGGGUUAUAUCCUGCAACUAAAUUGUUGAGCUGUUGCUACGCUUACAUAAAUGUUCAUUGCUGAGAUUGCUAUUAUUUUCUCACUAAGUCAUCCAGACAGUUUCCCAAGUUCAGUGAUUUUGUUCUGAAGGAUUCAACCAUCUGUAUAUACCUGUCUUCACCUGAAUCUUGUUCUAACUGACACAUAAAUUAUUUAAACCUA